CGGGGCCGGGACCUAGGGGCGGAGUCGGUUUGGCCGUGGGGCGGAGCCCGAGCGACCCGCCGGCUCAGCUCUGUUUACCUCCCCAGUAUGCGGGCUCCCGGUGCGGGCUCGGCUUCCCUGGCCUCGCUGGUGCUGCUGUGGCUGCUGGGGCUGCCGUGGACUUGGAGCGCAGCGGUGGCGCUCGGAGUGUACGUAGGCAGCGGUGGCUGGCGUUUCCUGCGCAUCGUUUGCAAGACCGCGAGACGCGACCUCUUUGGCCUCUCUGUGCUGAUCCGUGUGCGCCUGGAGCUGUGGCGGCACCAGCGCGCCCACCACACCAUCCCGCAGAUCUUCCAGGUGGUGGCGCAGCAGCAGCCUGACCGCCUGGCCCUGGUGGAUGCAGGCAGCGGCGUGUGCUGGACCUUCGCGAAGCUAGAUGCCUACUCCAAUGCUGUGGCCAACGUCUUCCACCAGCUGGGCCUUGUGCCAGGCGACGUGGUGGCCAUUUUCCUGGAGGGCCGGCCCGAGUUCGUGGGGCUGUGGCUGGGCCUGGCCAAGAUGGGCGUGGAGGCUGCUCUGCUCAAUGUCAACCUGCGGCAUGAGCCCUUGGCCUUCUGCCUGGGCACCUCAGGCGCCAAGGCCCUCAUCUUCGGAGGGGAGCUAGCAGCGGCGGUGGCUGAGGUGAGUGGACAGCUGGGGAAGAGUCUGCUCAAGUUCUGCUCUGGAGAUUUGAGUUCUGAGGGCGUCUGGCCAGAUACCCAGCUCCUGGACCCCAUGCUGAAGGAGGCGUCCACAGCUCCCCUAGCCCAGUCCCCUGGCAAGGGCAUGGACGAUCGUCUCUUCUACAUCUACACAUCGGGGACCACAGGGAUGCCCAAGGCCGCUAUUGUCGUGCACAGCAGGUACUACCGCAUCGCAGCCUUUGGCCACCAUGCCUACAGCAUGCAGGCGGCAGAUGUGCUCUACGACUGUCUGCCCCUGUACCACACAGCAGGGAAUAUCUUGGGUGUGGGGCAGUGUCUUCUCUACGGACUGACCGUUGUCCUCCGCAAGAAGUUCUCAGCCAGCCGCUUCUGGGAUGACUGCGUCAAGUACAACUGCACGGUGGUCCAGUACAUUGGAGAGACCUGCCGCUACCUGCUGAAGCAGCCGGUGAGCGAGGCGGAGAAGCGGCACCGAGUACGCCUCGCGGUGGGCAACGGGCUGCGGCCCGCAAUUUGGAAGGAGUUCACCCAGCGCUUCCGAGUUCGCCAGAUCGGCGAGUUCUACGGUGCCACUGAGUGCAAUUGCAGCAUCGCCAACAUGGAUGGGAAGGUUGGCUCCUGUGGCUUCACCAGCCGCAUCCUGCCACAUGUGUACCCAAUCCGGCUGGUGAAGGUCAAUGAGGACACCUUGGAACUACUGCGGGAUGCCCAGGGUCUCUGUAUCCCAUGCCAGGCCGGGGAGCCUGGCCUCCUUGUGGGCCAGAUCAACCAGCAGGACCCACUGCGUCGCUUCGAUGGCUACAUCAGUGAGAGCGCCACCAGCAAGAAGAUUGCCCACAGUGUUUUCCACAAGGGCGAUAGCGCCUACGUCUCAGGUGACAUGCUGGUGAUGGAUGAGCUGGGCUACAUGUACUUCCGGGACCGCAGUGGGGACACCUUCCGCUGGCGUGGGGAGAACGUCUCCACCACUGAGGUGGAGGGUGUGCUGAGCCGCCUGCUGGGCCAGACAGAUGUAGCCGUGUAUGGGGUGGCCGUGCCAGGAAUAGAAGGCAAAGCAGGCAUGGCAGCCAUUGCCGACCCCCACGGUCAGCUGAGCCCCAAUGCGCUGUACCAGGAGCUGCAGAAGGUGCUGGCGCCCUAUGCCCGGCCCAUCUUCCUGCGCCUCCUGCCCCAGGUGGAUACCACAGGCACCUUCAAGAUCCAGAAGACGCGGCUGCAACAUGAAGGCUUUGACCCACACCAGAUCUCGGACCGGCUCUUCUUCCUGGACCUGAAGCAGGGACACUACCUUCCCCUGGACCAGGAUGUCUACACCCGCAUCUGCUCGGGUGCCUUUGCCCUCUGACACUCUUCCUCUGCUGUCGAGAUUCUAACCAGGCCUGGCAAGCUAGGUGGGCUGGAGCCAGACAGCUCUGCCCUAUCCUGGGGUCGAGAAACUGGACCUCAGAAAGAAACUGUCUCUCCCCUUUCCUCACUCUCCUCAGCCUGGUUCCCUACUCUCUCCCCUUGCCCUGCCUGUCUUCUGAUCCUGUGUCUGUGUGUGUGUCUCUUCUCCCUGCUUCCUGGCUUUAGCCUCCCUGCUGCCCUCAUCUGCCCUCAUCUUUUCCCU